AUGGUUCUCAAGCGAAUAUCCGAAUGGCGGAAACUACCUGUUGCUCUCUCUGAACUCUGUAUCGACACUACCCUUCGCUGUGGUCAGUCAUUCCGAUGGCAAAAAAUCAACGAUGAGUGGGUUUGCACUCUUCAUGGACGCAUCCUAUCCCUGAAGCAGGACUCAACACACUUGCACUACAAAGUCAUUUGGCCCGAGCAGAGCCUCAAGGGGUCUCCCGCAACGCAAAAGCUCACACCCAAAGCUGAAGAUGACACGCAAGCCUUGUUACACCAUUAUUUCAGUUUAGAUCUAGACCUAGCGAGCCUCUAUGAGCAAUGGUCAAGUGUCGAUCCUAACUUCCGAAAGAAGGCGCCAACAUUUACUGGCGUCCGCAUGUUAAACCAGGAUGCAUGGGAAGCUUUGAUAGCCUUCAUCUGCAGCAGCAAUAACAACAUCACUAGGAUAUCACAAAUGGCAAGGAAUGGAGUUGAAUCUAAUUUACGAGAGCUGGGUUUCGGGUACCGAGCAAAGUAUAUUGCUGAAACAGCUCGCAUCGUGGCACAUGAGAAGCCGAGCAACUGGCUGGAAACAUUGCGCAACCCCGACAACCCCGGGUUCGGUUCGCAGCUGAAGCCCGAUGCUAGGAAUUCCACAUACAAGGAAGCACACGAGGCGCUCCUCGCACUGAAGGGCGUUGGCCCAAAGGUCGCUGAUUGUGUUUGCCUGAUGGGCUUGGGAUGGGGUGAGUCUGUCCCGGUCGACACCCACGUCUGGCAGAUUGCCCAGCGAGAUUACAAGUUCGGGAAGAAGGCGAAGACCUUCAACAAGGCCAUGUACGAUGCUGUGGGGGAUCACUUCAGAGACUUGUGGGGGAAAUAUGCCGGGUGGGCACACUCAGUGCUUUUCACUGCAGAUUUGAAAGCAUUUUCAGACAAAUCACUUGUGAAAGAAGAGACUCAUGGGGUUUCAAUCAAGGAGGAAUUAAUUGAGACUAACGGCAUCGUCUCGCCAAAGAAGAGGAAGCUGGUCGAGACCAAAACGGUAACAGUCAAACCCGAGCCGGGUGUCGAGGAAUUCAAAUUAGCUACGGAGGGGGAAGGGGAUGCUAAGCGGAGACGGACUCGAUCCAGGGGACGAGCCUAA